AUUGCAGGAGACAGCCAUGCUUCCUUUCUGGAUUUGAAGAAUUCAUACUUUGGAUUUUAAAACGUAUCGGAACUCGCUCGAGGGAUUCAAAUAUAGACUGAGAUGAUCAAUGCAGCUUGAUCAUGUCACCUGGAGCUGUUUAUGAUCAUAUUCUCCUUUCUCAUGGCCAUGGUAGUCCGACGACCCCAACGCUUUGCAACCAGCCGAGCCCUUCCAAAGCUUCUCUUCUUCUUCAUCAUCUUCAUUACUGUAAUCUUCGUGAUCAUAAGCCAAUGGCAGACAAUUGGGUACCUAACUCGCCCUCUCUGGGACAAGCCCCCUCCCCCAUUUACCCAUCUCCCCCAUUACUACGCCGAGAACAUCUCAAUGAACCAGCUCUGCAUCCUCCAUGGCUGGUCUCUUCGCUCUCAACCUCGCCUUAUCUUCGAUGCAAUCAUCUUUAGUAACGAGCUCGACUUGCUUGAGAUCCGGUGGCAGGAAUUAAUGCCUUAUGUAUCUCGAUUCAUCAUUCUUGAAUCAAAAACCACCUUCACAGGCAUCCCUAAACCUCUGUUCUUCUCAGAGAAUCGAUCUCGAUUUAGUUUUGCAGAGGAGAAGAUUGUUCAUGGUGUGUUCCCAGGCAAGAUCUCAAAACCAGGAUCCUAUGAAAACCCGUUUAAUCUCGAGUCCCAACAACGUAGAUCCAUGAACGCGUUAAUACAUCAAGCUGAGAUCUCUAAUGGAGAUCUUCUUAUAAUGUCGGAUACCGACGAAAUCCCAAGUGCAAACACCAUGAAACUACUGCAAUGGUGUGAAGAUAUCCCUCCAGUAAUGCAUCUUGAGCUCAGGCAUUAUAUGUACUCCUUCGAAUUCCAUGUGGAUUUCAGUAGUUGGAGAGCUACAGCUCAUAUAUAUAAUCCCUGGACCUACUACGGCCAUUAUCGACGCACUAAUCUUAUGUUGUCUGAUGCUGGAUGGCAUUGUAGCUUCUGUUUCAGGCAUAUUCAAGAAUUUGUAUUCAAAAUGACUGCUUAUAGUCAUGCAGAUCGAGUUCAGCAAAGAGAAUUUCUUAAUCCAAAGAGAAUUCAGAGGAUCAUAUGUAGAGGAGAUGAUCUGUUUGAUAUGUUACCAGAAGAAUACAGCUUCCAAGAGAUGAUUAAGAAGUUGGGUCCAAUCCAAAGAUCAACUUCUGCUGUUCAACUUCCUGCUUAUCUUAUAGAUAAUGCGGAGAGGUUCAGAUUUCUCCUCCCUGGUGGAUGUUUACGGACAUCGAAUACAAUGAGGAGGAAAUUUUGAGACAAUGUUCAUUUUCUCAUUAG